CCCUCCCCCCCUUUUCAUUCUGAGCUCUGAUCUCUGAGCAUCUAAAACCAAACACAGCUAAAAUGUCUUCAGUCAGGGAGGGCCCCAGUGAUGAGCUCCUUGCUGGCUGGUCCACUGAGCUGGAGGCUGUACUCUACUCGCCCGAGGUGGAGGAAGCCAUCAACGAGGUGUUCCCGAGUAGCAAUCCCCUGGACAAGAGAGACUUCAAUCCGGUCGAGUAUAUCAACGAACUGUUCCCCAGUGAACAAAGCCUCGCCGGGAUUGAUGAUCGUGUUACAACCAUUCGAGUGCAAAUAAAUCAGUUGGAUGAGGAGAUUCGCACUAUUGUGCGUGGUCAGGCUGAUGCCGGACAUGACGGCAGACAGUCCCUGGAGGAGGCCCAUGAAGCCAUUCAAGAGUUGUUUGGUCGUAUCCGGAACAUCAAAGAGAAGGCAGAGCAGAGUGAGCACACGGUCAAGAAGAUCACCAGCGAUAUUAAGCAACUGGACAAUGCUAAGAAACAUCUCACAGACUCUAUUCGGACGUUGGAACGAUUGAGGUUCCUUAUCACUAAUAUGGAUCAGCUACAAGUGGACGCUCGUGGGCGUCGCUAUGGCGAUGUGACAACACAACUUCACGGUGUGAUGGGCGUAGUUGAAGAGUUUCGUAAAUAUCAGAGCAUCCCUCAAAUCAAGCAACUUAUAGACAGGCUACAAUCUCUUCAGUAUGAUCUCGGACAACAGAUAAAGGUUGAUUUUGAGAAGGCGUUCUCCAUCAAGGGAGCACCUCAAGGAACAAAGGCUCAUCUGCAUGAUGCUUGCUUGGUGGUUGAUGCGUUAGGAGGAAAGAGCAAGGACGAGCUGAUUGGCUGGUUUGUACGUCUCCAGCUCUCAGACUACGAGGUGAUGUAUCAUGACAGUCUGGAGGGGGCGUGGCUUGACAAGGUGGACCGUCGUUAUUCCUGGAUGAAGAGAACUCUCCUCAAUUAUGAGGAGGAGAAUAAAAUCAUCUUCCCCGAAACUUGGGCCAUCCCUGAGAGGACCAUAGUGCAGUUCUGUGAGGCUACUAGGUCUAGUCUGACAGGUCUCAUGCGGAGCAAGGCUGGGGACUUGGAGGUCAAGUUGUUACUUUAUGCAAUCCAGAAAACAACAGCAUUUGAGAAACUCAUUUCUCAGAAAUAUGCAAACAGUCAGUACAUUCUCUCAUUGGCUCCGCCCACGCCCGAACCAGUCAAAGAUGACAAAGAAGAUAAAGAAGAUGAGGAAGAGAAGCCCCACAAGAAGCGUCCUGACUCCUCACCCUUCAUGGGCAUGAUAUCUCGAUGCUUUGAACCUCACCUUAGUAUCUACAUCUCCUCACAAGACAAGUCACUGUUUGAGCUGAUGGACAAUCUUGUGGCGGAUAUAAAGUCCAAAGGUCAACCCCUCCCCUCCUCAGACGGCAGUGGAGUGGUCAUGUCGAGUGCAGCCGACUUAUUUGUAUUCUACAAGAAGUGCUUGGUCCAGUGCACGUCCUUGUCCACUGGCCCUGCCCUCCUGGAGCUCACAGAGCUCUUCAAGAAGUACCUGCGCGAGUAUUGCAGUCGAGUGCUCACUCCCUGUCUGCCAAAAUUGUCAACGACCACCUCCGGUAAGCUGAGUCUAGGAUCACUGAGGGGGGCGGGGCCAGCAGACACGCCCCCUCUAAGCAAAGCAGAUCUCCUAACGAGUUGCUCCGUCCUGUGCACUGCUGACUACUGCCUGGAAACCACGCAACAACUGGAGGGAAAACUCAAGGAAAAGAUCAAGCUGACCUUGGCGGAUAAGAUCACCUUCACUACGGAGACUGAGGGGUUUCACAGUAUCAUCUCGAGCACUAUUCAACUUCUGGUACAAGAUCUUGAGAACUUGUGUACAUCAGCCUUCAAUGCAAUGGUCAAGAUACCGUGGGGCAGCGUAGAGUCUGUGGGUGACUCUAGUCCAUACGUCACUACAGUGGGAAGCCAUAUACGCAACACCGUCCCAGUGCUCAGAGAAACUCUCUCCUCAGCUAGAAAAUACUUCAUCAACUUCUGCCACAAGUUUGCUAAUGUGUUUAUACCGGCCUUUAUCACUCAUCUGUACAAGUGUAAGCCCAUCAGUACUGUGGCAGCUGAACAGCUUCUCCUGGAUUGUCACUCCCUCAAGACCUACCUCCUGGAGUUGCCCUCUGUGGGCACAGCUGUCGCUAGGAAGGCUCCACCCUCGUACACUAAACUGGUGCAGAAAGGUUUGGAGCGAGCUGAACUGAUCAUCAAGGUUGUGAUGUCCCCUCACGAACAAGCCGAGGAGUUUAUCUCGAGCUAUCGUAAGCUGAUGCAAGGAGACACUGAAGUCAACAACUUCCAUAAAGUCCUCGAAAUGAAAGGUCUUAAGAGAAGUGAGCAAAGUGCUAUGAUGGAAUUAUUCAGGACCAAGCUUCUGGCUGACGGUGGUGCUGACUCAGCACACACAGGAGGCUCCGACAAACGAAUUCAACCAAUCAAAAGACUUGAAAAACUGAUGCGGUUUUAGUGUAUGUAUUUAUGCUGUCAUCAUAAAAUUUAUAGUUUUGUGCAUAUCACGUCGUAUGAUCAUAAUUAUGCAUGUUGGAAUACUUGGAUUGUUGUCAUAAUUAUCCACCCCAUGUGACUUAUAAUUAUUCCAAACAUCGCAA